GCCCGGGUGCUCUCCCUCUCCCCUCCCUCCUAUUCUAUUCUUCUGUGGAGAUGGAGUCAAUUCCUGGCAAGAUUUGGAGCAAAUCCGCCCCGGAUCUUGCUUUCUCCAUGCGCUGCGAUUUUCUUUCGUAGUCAUCGCACCCCCUUUCCUCCCUCCCUUCACUUUCCAUCAUAUCUCCUGGAAUCCCUUCAUGUGCCUGCAUGUAUAUAUACCAACUCAACCACACCCACACCCUUCAAAAGCAGGCAAGCAAAGCCUCUCAUGCCAAGCACGCAUACCUCCCUGCUUUUAGUCUCCUCUGCAACUCUUCCUCUCUGCAGCUGCUCCUAAGUCAGGAACAAAGAACACGAGCAGGAGGACACAGAAGGGAGUUCAGUUCAGCUCUCUUGUUUCCUCCAUGGCGGUGGCCACAGAGACCCCGUUCCAUGUCCUGGCCGUGGAUGACAGCCUCCCGGACAGGAAGCUCAUCGAGAGGCUCCUCAAGACCUCCUCCUUCCAAGUCACCACUGUCGAUUCCGGAAGCAAGGCUCUGAAGUUCCUGGGGAUCCAUGGCGAGGACAGCAGCCCACCAGUUUCCGUCCACGAAGAUCAGCUGGAGGUUGCGGUGAAUCUGAUCAUCACAGACUACUGCAUGCCUGGCAUGACGGGAUACGAUCUGCUCAAGAAGAUCAAGGAAUCAACAUCUCUAAGAGACAUCCCAGUGGUGAUCAUGUCAUCCGAGAACAUUCCUUCAAGGAUCAAUAGAUGCCUGGAGGAAGGAGCGGAUGAGUUUUUCCUAAAGCCAGUGCGGCUAUCAGACAUGAGCAAGCUGAAGCCCCACAUACUGAAAAGCAGAUGCAAAGAGCAGUGCCACCAGGAACAGCAGCAGCAAAGCGACAGCAACAGCAACGAAUGCAGUGUGCCCACGAGCAGCAGCAGCGAUAAUAGCAACGGUCGUAAGAGAAAAGCAGAAGAUAACGAAGAAGUUUUGCCCCAGACAAACAGAUCAAGGCACAGUUAGCUGCAAACUGAUUAUAGGAGAAUUAACCCUCUUUUCUCCUUUGUUUUUUUGUUUUACUUAGAUUUUGGCCUACUGAUUUGUAACACAGGCGUUAACCAUCAUUUGCAAAAUAUUAUGACUUCUUCAAUAGAAUCAAGUAACUCUGCAACAGUUAUCAGAGGACA